GUGAGAUCUCAUCCUCUCGUACCUAAUAGAUCGGACGGCGCAAUGUUCCCCAUGCUCCCCCCACCGCCUAGAGCAUCGACCAGCUUUGCCGGCCCACGUUCUAUUUACCGCACGCUUAUAGGGACCCGCUCCUUAGAAGCCGAUUGCAGUGGAUUCCUCUCCGCAGCGGAAUAUUACUCCUCUUCUUCUUCUGCUCUUUCUCAGGCAGGACCAACACUGUUACGACUUACGACGUUUAACCUGACAGAAUGGUUCAACAUCGGAGCCACUGUUCUUCAUUAGCACCGUUAACUACGUUAACGCCGUACACGUAUUUAUCCUUAUCCUCUUCGAAGCCUUUUUUUUAGAAUUUAAAGAACAGUGUUAGUAGUUCGUCGCACUGUCGUUUCUUCUUCAGGAUUAGGAACCAUGAACGCCGUCGUUUUAAGCUCUCCCUUCUUCUUCCUCUGUUUAUGCCUUUGCAGGGCACUACUGGAAACUCAAUCUGUGAGACAAUUUAGACGGGCUCACUCCCCACCGAGAGGUUGGAACUCAUACGAUUCCUUUUGUUGGACCAUCUCCGAAGAAGAAUUCUUGCAAAACGCAGAAAUUGUUGCACAACGGUUGAAAAUCCAUGGAUAUAAGUAUGUUGUGGUGGAUUACCUUUGGUAUAGGAGAAAGGUGGAAGGCGCUUACACUGAUUCUCUUGGAUUUGAUGUAAUUGAUCAAUGGGGCAGGGUGAUUCCUGACCCUGAUAGAUGGCCAUCAUCCAAAGGUGGGAAAGGGUUCACCGAAGUUGCCAAGAAAGUGCAUAGCAUGGGUUUGAAAUUUGGGAUUCAUGUUAUGAGAGGUAUAAGCUUGCAGGCAGUGAAUGCAAGCACUCCCAUCUUAGACACCGUCACGGGCCGUGCAUAUGAAGAGUCUGGGAAGAAGUGGAUUGCAAAAGAUGUGGGGAUCAAAGAGAGGGCUUGCGCAUGGAUGCCUCAUGGUUUCAUGAGUGUAAACACCAAGUUGGGUGCUGGCAGAGCUUUCCUCAGGUCACUCUACACACAAUAUGCUGACUGGGGUGUUGAUUUUGUGAAGCAUGACUGCGUAUUUGGUGAUGACUUGGAUGUAGAUGAGAUAAACUUUGUGUCAGAGGUUCUGAGCAAACUCAAUCGCCCCAUCUUGUAUUCUCUGUCUCCUGGAACCAGUGUGACACCAACCAUGGCUAAGGCUGUAAGUGGCCUAGUGAACAUGUACAGGAUAACAGGGGAUGACUGGGAUACGUGGGCAGAUGUUGCAGCCCAUUUUAAUAUUGCGAGGGACUUUUCCAAUUCUAGUAUGAUAGGGGCCAGGGGUUUGUUGGGGAAAUCAUGGCCGGACUUGGAUAUGCUACCAUUGGGAUGGCUUACGGAUCCAGGUUCAAAUGAAGGUCCACACAGAAAAUGUAGGCUUAAUAUACAUGAACAAAGAACUCAGAUGACUUUGUGGUCUAUGGCCAAGUCUCCUAUCAUGUUUGGUGGGGAUUUGAGAAAUCUUGAUGUGGCUACAUACAAUAUCAUCACAAAUCCUACAACACUUGAAAUAGACGCUUUCAGCUCAGGCAACAAGGAGUUUCCUUAUAUUACUGGUGAAAAGGGUCUCAAAAUCCAGGACUUCUCUGAGCAUUCGAAAAAUGAGUUGGAUGUGACUGCCAUGAACACGCAUGUUUUGGGUCUCACUAAUUGCAAUAACUACAAAGCAAAAGGUUGGUCCGUUGAAGCUCUUGACCAAGAUCUUGAACAAGUAUGCUGGAAGGAGAACUCAGGAAGCAAAUUUCCGGCUCCUUUUUGCUUAUAUAAGAAAAAAAUGCUUUUAGCAUCAGAUGAAGGACUAAUCUAUAAGCAGCAAUAUCGAGGGAAGCUCCAUUUAUUAGCAACUGACACCAGGGAGUUCUGCUUGGAUGCAUCUCCAAGACGGAAGCUUACUUCGAAAGAGUUCAGAGAAAACUCUUUUUCGCCUUGUAGAAUGGUUGCUAACCAGAUGUGGGAAUUGGGCCCCAAUGGGACCCUCACAAACGGUUACUCUGGCCAGUGUGCAACAGUACAUACAAUUAAAGCUAAUGCCGGACCAACUGGAAUUCGCUCUUGGGUAGCAGCUGGAAAGAGAGGAGAAAUAUAUGUUGCUUUUUUCAAUCUGAACGCAGAAAAGACAGUGAUAUCUGCAAAGAUAUCGGACCUGGCAAAGGUGUUUCCUCGUAGAAACUUUAGUGGGGUUUCGUGUAACCAUAGCGAAGUAUGGAGUGGACAAGACUUCGGCGUAACGCAAAGUUUAAUAUCGAUUGCAGUAGAAAUACAUGGGUGCGCACUAUUUGUUUUGAAUUGUAACUAGUGCAGAGUAAAUUUGAACUUCUUUUCGGCUUUAGGUGCCAAAUGCUGUGUGUUGUAUUUUGUUUUACUGGACACAGAUUGUGUUUUAGUAGCUGGCAGUGGAUGAAAGCUAUAAUUCCUUCAUUCAUUGGCUUAUGGUUUUUGUUGCAGGCAACUGCAGUGACCAUUUACUAGUUACUACAAGUACUUUCUAUGCAUCAUAUAAGUACUUAUUAUAAGUACUUAUAUAGCAUAGAGACAGAAUAUAGCAUUCAAACUUUUUCUUUUGGGUCUAGAUGCCAUA